AUGUCUACUCAGCGGUCGCAUCAGAUUUCACGGGAUUACAUUGUUUUAAUUCCACUACAAAAAACGUCAACAAUUAAUGUCGCCUCAAUCGAAAGGCAGACGAAUGUUGACCCAACAGAUAAAAACAUUCUUCAUAUUGGUAGUGGAAAUAACAUUGACUUCAUCAUAUACAAGAAUGCAGAUUCAGCGCAAGACGAGAAUGAACCAGUUGGAUAUACAACUCAGUUUAAAGUGUUUAUGACAGAUAAACAAACGAAAGGUGUGCAUCAAGAGAAUCGCGUAUUACAUUUUUGGUUUUACGAUCAAAACGAUGAAGAGUAUUCGGAUGAUGUCAACGAGUUUAUGCGUGGAUUAUUCAAAUCAAGUGAAUUUCCGCGCGAUUAUUUUUUGUUUAUCAAACGUUUAAUGGAGCUAUUGAGAAGAUUCGCAAUGAUACGUAAGAUACAAUUGGAAAUUCAUACGUUAACUGAUCAACAAGUAGAUAAUGAUCAUCCGUUUUAUGAAAAUAAUCCCCAACGAUAUGGCGACGAGGUGAAAGAUAGACUACUGGAUUUGCUUGAACAAGCCUUUCCUAAUCCAAUGUUUGUGAAUGAUUUGGCGAAAUAUGUUGAAUGUGAUGGUGAAACCGUUUUUCAGUACCUUGUCGAAUUAGAAGAGAAAAAUCUCGUUAAACAUCUUGAUCAUGAUGGUCAACAAUGGACACGUGUUGUUGUCUCGGCUGAAGAAGAAGAUACUCAUCAAGUUAUUCCCUACAAGUCUAUUGCGGAACUCUCAAACGCAUUUCGUCCAACGAUUGCUAUUAUCACAGUGAAUUAUUUUGAGAAAUUAGCUGUCGAUGCCAUGAUUGAAAAUAAAAUCACCUUUGUACGACAAAAAGCAGGAGAAUCAAAUGUUUACACAAUCGGCACAAUCGGAUCUCACCAUGUUGUUUCAACAAAAUUACCAUUGAUCGGUCGUAGUCGUACAGCUCAAAUUUCAACAGGAAGUACAACGACUCGAUUAUUAGGCACUUUUCAGCAUGUUCAACAUGUUUUUAUUAUUGGUUGUGCUGGUGGUGUACCACAUUAUACAGAUGCAAAUAAACAUAUCCGACGUGGAGAUAUUAUUGUUGGAUAUCCAAAUGAAGAAGAUUAUGUUUAUGGCAUUUAUGAAGCCGAACAAUCAUCGGAAGGUUACGAAUUUGUUUCGACAUGUUACAAACCUAAAAAUCUUCAAUUAUAUCAAUUAAUGGAGCCAAUUAAAGAGAAUUACCAACAAACAAACGCAACACGGCCUUCUACACAUAAAUAUCCAUGGGAAAAGUUUCUCGAAGAUGGUAUGCAGUAUUUGCUAUCACAUAAUAUCGAUUGUUUACCACCAUCUACUGAUCAUCUUUAUAUAAAAAUGGAAAAUGGUGAAAUUGUAGAAGUCGAACAUCCAAACAAGAACACAAGAGAUUAUACUCGACCUAAAGUUUGCUUUGGAAUGAUCGCUGGUGGAAAAAACAUUUUAACAAAUGAUUAUUUCAAAACAACAUUAAGUGAAAAAUGCAACGUACUUUGUUUUGAUUCUGAAAUCGAUCAAGUAUUAGCAGCUAUUCAAGGCAAUCAAAUCGAAUCAUUCAUGAUUAUACGUGGCGUAGCCGAUUAUCAUGAUGGAACAUUGAAUAAAGAAUGGCAACCUUAUUCAUCGUUAUGUGCUGCAUCAUUCAUGAAAACAAUUAUUUACAAAAUUCCAUAUUCUGGUGAAACGGAGAAUAAUAAUGUACUUUAG